GCACUGCCUUUUUUUGAAAAUAUUUGUGUGUUGCGGAUGUGAGCCUUUAUUGGGCGUGGCCGAGUUGAGUGACAUUCUUGUGCUGGAUUCAGGUUAAACUGCGCGCGAGAGAAACACGAUUCAUUCAUUGCUGCUCGCUCUCCUCUGCGUGAUUUGGCCACCAGGUAGCAAUAUAAUCCAGUCACGCAAAGAUAUGAAUUAGAGUUUCAGUCAACUAUUGGAAGUGACAUCGACAUCUGUAGUAAUAUUCGACAUUUUUUGCGGCGGAUAAAGAAUGCAUUCCUGAGUACAGGUAUUGUUAUAUCGCCUGUCUACGUGUGGACUAUUAAUUAAACCGUGCCCAUAAGAAGAAGAAAAUAAAAACGAGGCCAGAUUUUCCCCAUUGUGUCUCCUUUUCUCUCAGUGACAUGAGUCUUAUGUGUGAGGCCAGUAGGGCGGGGUCAGAGGGGCUCAAUCUGGGGGAUUAUCAUUGUACCCCUCUCGCACUCACACACACACCAAUUUAGGCUGAUUUGGACCAUAGCUGAGGGUUUAAGCCCAGAGCGGAGGGCUUUAAGCAUUCAGAGCAUCCUAGUCGUGUUGCCAGUCGCCGUGGAAACCAGAGCAAGCACAGCAUCAGGAGGCCCGGAUGCCGCAAGGUGGGUCCUGGAAUUGCGUCUGCAGAGGAUGGACCGAACGUCACCCCGUGUGAGUGGCCCCAAAGGAGGGGUGAGGAGGACAGAGAGAGUGUGCUCUCGCGAAGAGAAGAAAAGGAGGAAGACCGCCAAGGUGGCGGAGGAAGGCCCGGUGGCCCCGCAGAGGUUUCACCGCGAUUAUUCGUCAUCAGCAUCCAGCGGCUCACAUGAUGGUCGCAGCUCAGCGGCCAGCAACUUGGAUGUGGUCGACCGGGUCACCUACCUGGAGCAGAGGAUGCAGGUGCAGGAGGAUGAGAUUCAGCUGCUGAAAAUGACCCUGGCCGACGUCCUCAAGAGGCUCAACAUCUCCGAGGAGCACCGGUCCGCCAAUGCCGCCGCAUCGGGAAAGAGGACGUCGGGAAGUAAAGGGAGGCCUGUCUCAUUGGGUCUACCCCCAAGAGCACCUGUGGGGUCCUCGGGAGUUGCCAGCGUGAGGAAGAGCUCCACCCUACCAUCUGGAGCUACCUGCAGGAACUACAGUCCGACACCCCCUCGCUGUGGUGUCAGGAGCCCGGCAGGAAGUGUGAAGGACAGUCCAUGUAAGACCCCCAAAAUGCGUCCAUCCUCAUCAGCGUCGUCCUGUACAAGCACACAAGAAGGGAGUAGCAGAUCCAAGGAGGAACCUGUGGCUUUCGGCAUGAGGCGAGUGACACACAGCAAAGUGACUAUGCAGAUCUAUCUGAGCCCCCACGCAAGAAAGACUGGGUCUUCUGAGACCAUUGCAACAUCUGCCCCCACGGUGCCUGCAGCGGGUGGCAGUGGUGGGUCGGGGGGGACCCAGCAGGCAAGGGGCGCGACCAAAUCCGAUGCAAGGAGGAAGAGCCCGUCUUUCAUGUUGAACCUCCAGAAGACCUCCUCCAGUGCCACCAGUCAAAAGAACACACAGCAGGAUGCUAACAAACACAAAAGCCCUAUCAAGUCCCCCAGCCAGUACUUUCAGAUUUGUUACUGACCAGCUAGAAACAAUGCCUCCAUGAUGUUGUCACAUUACCUGCUGAUCUUGAUUGUUUUGGACAACUUUUAGCUUUCCUAUUGACUUAAUGGAUUUCUGCAAAUAGAGACGUAUAGAACAUAGCGGUUGGUCUAAUAGUGAGUCUUGUGGAACACCACUGUUCAAUGCAAAAAGUUCAUUUUGAAACAUACUUUAAAAACGAAACCCACCACCUUGUUGGAAUCCAUCAUUAAAAUAGUGUCAUCUCGUGAACUAUAAUUUCUAUGAUCCACAGCAACUGCUUUUAGUAAGCCUGUUUUUUAGAGCCAUGGCCACUAUUUGACGAAACAUGUUAAUUUACCAUAGUUUUAAAUAGGUUGGUCGUUUCUGUUGUUUGUAGUAGUACUUCCACAAUGUGUAUUGCAAACACAUACAGGACAGAAUGUACUAGAAUGUAAGGUUAUGUGUUAGAAAAUAAAAUAAUAAUAAACUACCUUGUGCUGU